AUGCGUCAGCUAAUCCGAGCGGCCCCGAGGCUCUCAUCGCGUCUUCCUGCUCAGAUAUGCUGUGCGAGUCUUCAACAUGGCCAGCAACGGCGGCAAUACUCGAGGCCACCGCCGACGACUGGCUGGCUGCCCAUCCCAUUCGUGACUGAGACCCUGGCUGGAAUGAGCCACACCACCGACCUGUUCUCCCGACUGUUGAAAGAACGGAUAGUGGCCGUCUACGGCGAAGUCGACGACCGUAUGGCCGCCACUGUCACCGCAUCCCUCCUCUACCUGGAAGCCGAAAGUGACCGACCUAUCUCGAUGUACAUCAACUCUCCAGGCGGGUCGGUGACUGCCGGGCUGGCAAUCUACGACUGCAUGCAGUACAUUGUCCCCGAAGUUUCGACGCUCGUUCUGGGCCAGGCAGCGUCUAUGGGCAGUCUCCUUCUCGCAGGCGGUCAGGCUGGACGCCGUUACGCCCUUCCUCACUCGAGCAUCAUGCUUCAUCAACCCAGUGGCGGUCACUACGGUACUGCCGCGGACAUAGCCAUCCACGCAAAGGAAAUCCUCCGAAUACGGACCGAACUGAACAAGAUUUACGAGAAGCAUUUGACGGGCAAGAAGAAGAUGACAAUGGACGAGAUUGAGAAGAUGAUGGAACGAGAUCACUUUGUGAGUGCUGAAGAGGCUCUCGAGUUGGGUGUUGUCGAUGAGAUUCUCGGCAGCAGAAAGAAAAAGGCCGAAGAAAAGGACGACAAAUGA